AUGGUCGCCUUCGACAAGUGUGAAACCCGGCCGGCUCAUAUCGAUGCCAUCCUCAAUGGCCUCGAUCGGUACAACCCCGAGACCACCACCGUCUUCCAGGACUACGUCGCCCAGCAGUGCGAGGACCGGUCAUUCGAUCUCUAUGCCAACCUGGCUCUGCUGAAGCUUUACCAGUUCAACCCUCACCUCCUCCAGCCCGACACCGUCACCAACGUCCUGGUCAAGGCCCUGACUGUGUUCCCUUCCCCCGCCUUCUCGCUCUGCCUCGCUCUGCUUCCCGCCCACACUCAGCCCUUCCCUACCACCUCCGAGGCCCAGGCUGCCUCGCAGACCUCCGACUUUGUCGAGUCCGUCCAGAAGCUCUCCCGCCUUUCUACCCUCCUCGAGUCCGCUCAGUACACCCAGUUCUGGUCCACCCUGAACUCGGAUGACCUGUACGCUGAUCUGACCGCCGAUAUCGCCGGUUUCGAGGAGCUCAUCCGCAUCCGCAUUGCCGUCGAGGUUGGCAAGGCCUUCCGCUCCAUCACCGCCGAGUCCCUCGAGCAGUGGCUCGACCUGCGCAGCCGCGACGCCCUAGCCAAGUUUGUUGCCGACGUCUGCAGCUGGAAGGUCGAGGGCGAUGUCGUCCGCGUCCCUACCAACAAGGAGAACGAGGCCCGCAGCGAGGUGAAGAGCGAGCGUGUCGGUGUCGACAUGUUCGGCCGCGUUAUCCGCCGUGGCUUCGAGCAGCCCGCAUGA